AUGUCAUCACUGGAGAACGCUGUGUACGGUGCAUCUGCCUCGAUCGUGGCCAACACCAUUGUUUAUCCUUUGGACCUAGCGAAAACCGUUAUCCAGACCCAGACCAAGUCCGAGUCCGAGUACAAAAAUGCAUUGGACUGUCUGGUCUCGCUCUAUAAGAAGAAGGGCCUCAAGAGUUGGUACAAGGGUCUCAGCUCAUCGUUGCUGUCGUCCGCAGUCCAGAGCUUCACCUACUUCUACUGGUACUCGUGGGUUCGUAAGCUGUGGUAUCGUUUGAAGCUGUCACGCUACAGACGAGUCAUUGCUAACACAACGCCGGAGGAGCUGUUGCUGGGGAUCGUUGCAGCAGCCUUGGGCCAGCUGUUUACGAAUCCAAUCAGCGUUAUCUCAACACGCCAGCAGGUGAACCCUGAGAAGAACCAUUCCAUCGUCCAGACAACGAAAAACAUCUUGAAAGAGGAUGGCAUCACCGGCUUGUGGAGAGGGUUGAAAGUGAGUCUCGUGUUGACGAUAAACCCAUCUAUAACGUAUGCAUCCUUUGAGAGACUGAAGGCGAUCCUGUUCCCUAAUCAAAAGUUCCUCCAUCCUCAUGAGAACUUUGCCCUUGGUGUGGUCUCCAAGAUGCUGGCCACCAUCAUAACACAGCCUUUGAUCAUCUCAAAGGUUAUGCUACAGAAGAAUGACGACCCAAACAACAAAGAUAUGAGAUCGUUCCAGUCAAUCUUGAGAUACCUGGUUGUCAAUGAAGGCUGGACCUCGCUGUGGAAAGGCCUCAAGCCACAGCUGUUGAAGGGAGUGCUGGUGCAAGGGUUUGUCUUUAUGUUCAAAGAUGAAAUCACCUUGGCUAUGAAGUCGUUAUUUGCAUUGCUUAGAGCAAGACGUCAAGUCAAAUGA